ACAUUAUCAAGAUAGUUGCCAGGUAUAUUUCUUAAAACAAAGUGAAACACUUUUUAAUGUCACAUUCAAGGAAAUCAAUAUUAUCAGUGAAAUUUUUUAUACAAGAUCCUAUUAAUCAUGAUCAUAUAGUUUAUCGAUGGAUGACACCUAUAUUAGUACGUAAUUUAGAUUGGGAUAAAGUCAUUGAAAAAUUACAUUGUGUUACUUCUAAAAAAUAUUCAGGAUUUGAAAUGACAUGGUAUGAUGGUUUUCAUCAUUGUGUAUUAACUAAUACAAAAGAUUUACGUAAAGCAGUUGAAUUAAUGCAAAAUCGUCGAACUGAAGAUAAUUGUGUAAGACUUCAUGUUAGAGCAAUACCAAAAUUAUUACGACCAGAAUGUCGUUCACAGAUUACUAAUGAUAAAGAAUUUUCAGGUCAAUAUUUACCUAGUUAUUUAGAAGCAAUUGGUUUACAAUCUUUUAUACACAAUGAUUUCACUGAUAAUGAAAAACAAUUUCUUAAACAAGAUCCAAUGACAAAAGAUGAAUAUCGUUGGUAACAAAUGUAAAAUAGAUAUAUGAUGAUGAUGCUGAUGAUGAUUCAAAAUAGCUCCAUUGAAAAUAUUCAUAUGAACUUAAACUGUAAACUAUUUCUGUAGGUCAUUGAACAAUAAUCUUUCAUAUAUACAUAAAUAUAUAUUGUUUUUCAUGAUCUUUGUUUACAUAAUAUAUUACCCCCCCGGUAACAAUAAUAAUCACUACAUUCUAUAUCACAAAUAUUGUUCAGUCAAAGAAAUCAGUCAUUCACUUACUCAUAGAUGAGUUACAAUUUAGGUUUUACAAAAAAACAACAUUAUUUUUGUUUCAUUUAUCAAAUCAAUAUAAAUCACUCAAGAUUUAUAGACAUUGAAACUUUAUGGCAAGUUGUCAAGUGUUUUUGUUUUCUCUCUUCAAAUAUAUAGUUAUUUUUACU